GUUGAAAUUGAGGGCUAAGGAUAAAGAGGGGCCAGGCCAGGCCCUGACUUCUCCUCUGGUCUCCCUUCUGGUCUAAUAGGGUCAAUAGCUCUCAUAGAAACCCAGCCCUGGGGCUGGGGGACAGUGAGCCCAGCAGGAAGGGGAGGAGGAAGUGCCAGCUUCCAGCUGCAGCCAUGGCACCACUCACAGGUGCUGAUGCCCAGCAUUCUCGGGGGCCCCAACCAGGGAGAGCUAAGCCUGACUUGCGGGGAGGGAGGAGGCCAGGAGCAGUUUUUAUGCAGUUCCCUUCUGUGUUUACAGGGAACACAGUUCCACAAACCGGCUCAACCCCGCUGAUGGUGGCCGGGGUUCUGGGGGAGGCCGUAACUCUUCCCCUGCAGCUUUCUGCAGGACGGGAGACUGAGUCUGUCACCUGGCUUCACAAUGGAACAUCGAUCGUCUUCAUACAGGUGAACCAAGUGGGAAGUCCUCAAAUCAUGGUGACUGACCCACGACGGAAAGAUCGACUGCAGGUCACUCAGACCCACUCCCUGCAGCUCAGCAACCUGAUGAUGGCGGAUGUGCGAACUCACCACAUCUUGAUAACCACAAAGACCUCCAUAUUGCUUUCUGAUUACACUCCGAGGAGCUUCAGUGAGUCAGGGCCUAGAGGGCCGGUCCCUACUGAUGCCAGGGCAGCUGCCCACACUUACUGCCCAGUGACGUGGCUGCUCCUGGGAAAGGGGCUUCUUCUCCUUUUGCUCCUGGGGGCUCUAGGAAUUUAGCAUAU